AUGCGGCUACCACAUUCCUCGAGCCUAUUAAGGCGAGGACAAUUAGCCAGUGUCCACAGCCACCUAGGCUUCUCAGGCGUUCGCAGCCACAGCACCGCCGUGCUAGGCGGUGGCAUCACCGGGCUCACAGCGGCCUGGCAGCUGAUCCAGGACCCCAAAUGUGAGCAAGUCGUGCUAUACGAGAAGUCAAACAGGCUAGGAGGAUGGGUUGACUCCGAAACCAUCCCUGUCGAGGAUGGCAAUGUUGUGUUCGAGUAUGGGCCUCGGACAUUGAAGAGCUCCCUGCCAAGCUCUUUACCUUUGCUUUACCUAGCUACCAACCUUGGCUUGUACAAAGACCUCAUCAUUACCCCGAAAAGCAGCCCCGCGGCUCGCAAUCGCUACAUCUACUACCCCGACCAUCUUGUUCGCAUGCCCGCGCCUGAACCGAAAUUGACGCCGCUUGAGUUCAUAAAGAAGACGUUGAACACUAUUUGGAAUGAGCCGGUCUUCGACAAAUUCCUCGCGGGACUGUUGCAUGAUAUCUAUACUCAACCGCGUCAUGCGACUGAAUGGGCGAAAGAUGAAUCCGUUGCGGACUUCAUCGGACGACGAUUUCACCCCAAGGUCGCCGAUAACCUGGUUUCUGCUGUGUACCACGGUAUCUAUGCCGGUGAUAUCGAUCAAUUAAGUGCCCAGAUGCUCAUGGGCUCGAUUCGCGACCUCGAAGGAGGCACCGGGGGUGUUGGUUCCUUUGUGCCUGGGGGCAUUUUCUCGUCUAUGAUCAGCCGGGCAUUCUCUCGCAAAAGGACACACGCCAUAGAUGAUUACCUGGCUGUAGAUGCUAUCUCUGGCUCCCCUGAGCUAUCGAAAUAUCAGCACGAACUAGAGGGUAUAGUGGCUGGAGCUAGUACUUUCACCUUUAAGAAUGGUGUUGGCCAGCUGAUUGAUGCUCUGGUUGCUUCUUUGAAGAACUCCGGCAAGGUCAAAAUUGUAACAAACUCGAAGCUCGAACGUCUAACUUUGGAUUCUGUGUAUGGAAUUCAUGUCAAGACUCCAUCGGUCAACGGAAAUGGCCUCCAAACACAAAAAUUCAACCAUGUCAUAUCUACAAUCCCCCCAGCAUCACUAGCCAACAUACUCCUCCCAGCCGAGGGAGUGAGUAAAGAAUACGAAGGCAGAACCCGCAACCUCCUCCAAAAGCAAAACUACGCCGUGACGGUAAUGGUAGUAAACCUCUACUACCCAAACCCAGACCUCCUCCCAGUGGAAGACGGCUUCGGUUAUCUUAUCCCCCGCUCAAUCCCCUACGACCAAAACCCCGAAUGCGGACUCGGCGUGAUCUUCGCCUCAGCCUCAAGCGUAGGCAACAGCCCGCACCCAACCAAAUCAACGGUAAAUCAAGAUACAGCCCCAGGAACAAAACUCACAGUCAUGAUGGGCGGUCACUACUGGGACGGCAUGGACAAAUAUCCAGACCACGACACGGCCGUCAAAAUGGCCCGUGAUAUGCUAAAAAGACACCUCAACAUCACCGAUACGCCAACCGUCGCACGCACCCGUUUGCAGAAGGACGCUAUCCCCCAGUACACUGUUGGUCAUCUGCAGCGCAUGUAUGAUCUUUCAUAUGCAACACGGGUCGAGUACAGGGAGCUGCUCACCCUCGCUGGCAACUGGUAUAAUGGCGUUGGUGUGUCUGACUGUGUGAAGCAGGGUAUUUUGUCGGCGACGUAUGGUACUGGUAGAGUUAUACCUAAUACCACACAUGGUCCUUGGCGUCCAUGGAAUGGUGUUGUUGAUCCUAAGUGGGAUUAUCAGGGUGGUAUUGCUAUGUCGCCUGUGAGGUUUACUGAUUCGCGUUUGUAG